AUGUCUCAUCCAGCUACUGCUUCCACAGCUACUGCUUCUUCCAAUGCUCUCUCAGCUUCGGCUGCUCCACCUUCUCCUACUUUGGCUUCGGCUUCUUCAUCUUCUCCCGCACCUGUACAUACACCACCUGCUUCCGCUACCACUUCCACCUCUUCUACUUCAACUUCUUCCGCUAUUGUAAAUAUUCCUCUCGAUUCCGUUGCCACUCCUACCUCUUCUACUUCACCUUCAUCCGCUAUUGUACAUACUCCACCUGCUUCCGCUACCAUUCCUACCUCUUCCUCUUCAACCAAUUCCGCCUCUGUAGAUAUCCCUAUUGAUUCCGUUGCCACUCCUACUUCUUCCUCUUCAACCAAUUCCGCAUCUGUAAAUACUCCACCUGCUUCCGCUACUUCACCUGAUCCUGUUACCUCUACUUCCGCCUAUGUAAAUAUUCAUCUUGAUUCCGCACCUACUCCUGCUACGCUUAAGCGUAAGCUCUCAACAACAUCCAUCGCCGAAUCUUCAACAGAUUCCUCCUCCUCCUCCUCUUCCUCCGCAACUCCAACCCCAAAGCGCGUUUGCAUCAAUGAUGAAUCACAACCACAAUGCAGCACAAAGUUCCUCAAUCCUUGGGAUCUUUUAGAGGGUGAUAAACGGGACAACUUAGGUGGUGCCCAUUCACGCGAACAAAUAAAGUGGAAGCGUGAACCUAUGGAUAUCAUUGCAAUUCUUGAUCAAGACAUGGUGACGAAGAUCAACCGCCAUGCAACUGGCAUCAAGGUGGAAUUAAAGAACAACGGCAAGGUCAUCAAGAUAGAAGGUCCCCAGCAAAGAGUAGACCAUGCCUUGACCUUCUUGCAGCAAUUGGUACAAUAG